AUAUGUUUAAGAUAAAUUCAACUGACUAUCACAAAUCACAGGGGUCCGCAAUUAUAAUCGUAUGGAUACACAAGCAAAUUCGUUGAAUAAUGAUAUCCCCCACCUGAUUAGGCAAAGUUCAUGGAUUGGAAAUGAAAAGCGCAUGCCAGGAAGGGAAGUUUGGUGACGAUUGUAUGUACACGUGCCAUUGUCAUGGCGACACGCGCUGUGACAUCACUUCCGGUGCGUGCCUGCUUGGAUGUGCCCUAGACUGGAGCGGACCCUCUUGUCAAAGAGAGAACGUAGCCUUCGGACGGCCUACCAGACAGAAGGAGGGCCAGAGCGAAGCGUCACUGGCAGUGGACGGCGACCCCGGAACAUGUUCCUCGACACGCGAAGACGUCCCUGGGUGGUGGUCCGUCACGUUAGACAGUGCAGUCAACGUCAGCAGGGUUGCGAUUGUAACUGAACGAACAGGGAGUAUUCUGGAUUGGAAGGUCUACGUUGGGCCGGAAGGCAGCAUCCUGUCCAUGUCUCUCUGUGCGACUGCGCAUGUACACACUUCCGGUGCCACUCUACCCUGUGACGUCCCUACACGCGGAAAUCACGUCAUGGUCGUCAACAGAGCCGGUCCUGUCGUGAUUUGCGAUAUCAAGAUUAUUCACUGCAGUCCAUCGUGGUACGGGGAAGACUGUAGCCACACCUGCAACUGCAAAGAUCUGACCGAAGUCUGUGAUACCGUGACCGGCGCAUGCGCCAGCGGAUGUUCCCCCGGCUGGCUCGGGGACGACUGCAAAAAAGCUUGUAAGAAUGGAACGUACGGCGCGGGGUGCAGCUACCAGUGUGGAAAAUGCAAAGACGACACACCUUGUGAUCACGUGACUGGCACGUGUCUGAACGGCUGCGAACGAGGCUGGACAGGAAUUUUCUGCAGGGAACAGUGCUCAAAAGACACUUUCGGCGAAGACUGUGUUACGAGCUGUGGUCGUUGUUAUGGCGUAGGUGCAUGUGACAUCAUCACCGGAAAUUGCAUGCACGGAUGUGAGACUGGGUUCACUGGCCCCAAAUGUUUGCUGGAGUGUCCAAGCGGGACUUUCGGACGCGGCUGUUCGGGCACGUGCGGGCAAUGUGCAGGUGGGGAGCCAUGCGACGUCACAAUAGGGAUCUGUGUGCAGGGCUGUGACCCCGGUUGGACAGGUGCCUUCUGUAACCAAAUGUGUCCCCGUGGUCAGUUUGGACCAAGGUGUAGCCGGGAGUGUCACCAGUGUAAGGAGGGGCGUUGUAACGGAACUUCCGGACGGUGUCUCCUCGGAUGUGCGUACGGUUUCCGUGGGGUGGACUGCGCAGAAACAUGUCCCUUGACCACGUAUGGCGUAAAUUGUAGCAGCCAGUGUGGCAACUGUCAUCAGGACGGGAAGCGUCAAUGUGACGUCACAUCCGGUAUAUGUCCACAUGGUUGUCAACCAGGAUACAAGGGCGACUGGUGCACAGAAGCUUGUGAACCAGGUUUCUACGGCGACGGCUGUAACCAAUGUGGAAUGUGUGACGGCGCUGUGUGUGACGCCAUAUCCGGCGAGUGCCCCAGCGGAUGUAAGGAAGGCUACCAGGGUCUUAUGUGCUUUGAUGGUGUGCCUUUUUCGGACGAGGACGGGCCUCAGUUGAAGGUAUUUCUCGGGAUCAUGCUCACCCUGGUUGGCUCCAUAAUGGCGCUCGUCACUUUCUGCCUCGUCCUCAUAUGGCGCCGAGAGCACCUGCCGGAUAUGCCGUCAUCUUGUGACGUCAGCCAGCACAAUGACGAAGAAGACCGAAUUCACCCAAAAAUGAAUGGUUGCGUGCCGGUAGAUAUUGAGGAAACGACUGAACUUAUUUAGUUGUCUGGUGUUGUUGUUGUUGUUGUUUGUUAAUGACAUAACUCCCCCAGCAAAAUUAAAGUCAUGCUUAUAACAUGUUGGCCAUUUUUUUGCUUGUUUGUUUGUAAUGACACACCUGUAAGCUGAACUGUCCAAACUCAAACCCGAGGGUGAAUCAGACCCCCGCGUCAUAUAUCACAGGUCUUUGAUGUCCACCAAAACCUUUCCCCGGGAACCAGUGAUAAAUUGUCACCAUAAUUGGGCUUUUUAUGGUUUAUCAUUAUUAUGCUUCGUAUUAUAUAUUACUUUACAUUAAGGUUAUUCAUAUGGUUUACAAAGCAGCCUUAACGGUUUUGAAUGUGUUUCAUUAUAGUCUCACACGCGCAGAAGUCUUGUUUUUCGUGACUCUUUUAGAAUAAAUGGACUUAAAAACAUAA